UUAUUGAUUUUGGCGCGAAUGACGUUAAUGCAAAUAAAAUCUGUAAAUGAAGGAAUACUGUUUUGAAAUAUCGUACGUAUUUUUAUAGUUUUAAUAAUAAUUGUUAAGUUUUAAACAUGUCUAACCGUGGGCUGUCAGAAACCAAAACAGAAUAUUUAGAAAUAGGUGAAUACAAUUUUACCUGGCCAGGAGAUAAUGGUUCGGUGCAUGAUUUUGGUGCUAUAAAUUACACAAUGCCAUCAGGUCCUUGGUUUUGGCCUUGGUGUCCAUUAUGGAGAUUUACACAGCAUCCACUAUUUCAGGUCUCCAAUAUUCUUUUUGUGGCUUCAUAUUGCGCUCCAAGUACGAAGAAAGGCCAAUUGUGGAUGCAUUCAAUAUUAAUUUUUGGUUUCAUGCUAUAUUCAGUGUGGGCGUGGCAUGUGAUUUGCUCGCCUGACGCGUUCUCGUGGAAUUUUGGGUUUGUUUUUUUGAACCUAGCCCAAGUGGUGUACUUGGUGUAUGAAAUGAGACCUGUCAAGUUCGACCCGGAAUUGGAAGAAGUGUAUCACACCCUUUUUGAGCCUUUUAAGGUAUCAAGACUUCAAUUCAAACGCAUGGUGUCCCCGGACUUCGCCCAUGUGAUGUCUCUUCACGCCGGCGAAGCUUAUGCCAUGCAGAAUCUUACGAAAACUGAUAGACUGGGCCUGUUGCUGGCUGGAAAGGUAAACGUAAUGAGUGGGCAUCAAUUCCUUCAUCCUAUACUUCCGUGCGAAUUUCUGGAUUCCCCGGAAUUUGAGUCUAGUAGAGCAACGAUCGAUGAAAAAUUUAAGGUCUCAAUAGUAGCUGCAUCAUCAUGCCGCUACUUAUACUGGCAGCGCAGUUCUCUAGAAUAUCUUUUCGUAAAAGAGGCAUACUUGGCUUCAGUUGUGACUACAUUGAUCGCCCGAGAUAUAACCACAAAGCUGUAUGCGAUGAACAAUAAAAUUGUAACUGAAAGGGGCAGCCAUCUUGAUAUAAGACUUCCGAGUAUUUCGCACGCUUUGGCUAGGACUUCAAAGAAAUUGCGUUCAGCGGCCCCGCCUCCAACUACUGUACAGCCCGUGCCGCCAGAAAAACGAUCGAAAUACUGGUCACGCGACGCGGAGAGCAUCCCCAGUCUCAUGAAACGUAAUGGCGUAGCUGCGUCAUUCCCCGAAGGCGACGAAGAAUUAAUCCCCUUAGCCUCAAACGAAGCACCAACCGCCUCCUCGGACGACUUAUCAGUAGCAGACAGUUGUCCCGACACAUCGUCAAAGUACCAUAGUUGUGAAGCUGUAGAAACUGACGAUGAAUUAAGACAUUAAAUUAAUUAUAGCAAAUGUCUUUUAUUUCUAUAUAAAGUGAAUAUAUUUAUUUUUAUUUG